GGGCUCUGGGAGAAGAGUGCUUCUCCACCGCCCUGGAGCGGGCCUGUCCCAGCUUCUCGGCAGCGUCACAGGCGGCUUCUCCACGGGCAACCGGAGCAAGGGUCUCAGGGGCCCGGCCUGGGGCCGCUGCUCACUCCCUCCCGGCCUGGCCCAGGGGUGUGGGGCACCGACACAGAGGAGCGGCUGGUGGAGCACCUCCUGGAUCCCGCCCGCUACAACAAGCUCAUCCGCCCCGCCACCAAUGGCUCGGAGCUGGUAACGGUGCAGCUCAUGGUGUCGCUGGCCCAGCUCAUCAGCGUGCACGAGCGAGAGCAGAUCAUGACCACCAACGUCUGGCUGACCCAGGAGUGGGAGGAUUAUCGGCUCACCUGGAAGCCCGAGGAGUUUGACAACAUGAAGAAAGUUCGACUUCCUUCCAAGCACAUCUGGCUUCCAGAUGUGGUCCUGUACAACAACGCCGACGGCAUGUACGAGGUGUCCUUCUACUCCAACGCGGUGGUCUCCUACGAUGGCAGCAUCUUCUGGCUGCCCCCCGCCAUCUACAAGAGCGCGUGCAAGAUCGAGGUGAAGCACUUCCCGUUCGACCAGCAGAACUGCACCAUGAAGUUCCGCUCGUGGACAUAUGACCGCACAGAGAUCGACCUGGUGCUCAAGAGCGACGUGGCCAGCCUGGACGACUUCACGCCCAGCGGCGAGUGGGACAUCGUGGCGCUGCCGGGCCGGCGCAACGAGCACCCCGAGGACUCCACCUACGUGGACAUCACCUACGACUUCAUCAUCCGGCGCAAGCCGCUCUUCUACACCAUCAACCUCAUCAUCCCCUGCGUGCUCAUCACCUCGCUGGCCAUCCUGGUCUUCUACCUGCCUUCCGACUGCGGCGAGAAGAUGACGCUGUGCAUCUCCGUGCUCCUGGCGCUCACCGUCUUCCUGCUGCUCAUCUCCAAGAUCGUGCCGCCCACCUCGCUCGACGUGCCGCUCGUCGGCAAGUACCUCAUGUUCACCAUGGUGCUGGUCACCUUCUCCAUCGUCACCAGCGUGUGCGUGCUCAACGUGCACCACCGCUCGCCCACCACGCACACCAUGGCGCCCUGGGUCAAGGCAGUGUUCCUGGAGCGCCUGCCCGCGCUGCUCUUCAUGCAGCCGCCGCGUCAUCGCUGCUGGGCCGGGCCUCUGCGAGCUCCCUGGGGAGCAAGGUCGAGACGGGGCGCCUGUGUGCGUGCCCGGUGGAGAGGCUCGGUCAGCAGGCCCCGGUCGAUGUCCCUUUCUGCGCUUGCGGGCCCAGGGAGCAGCCCGGUGAAAUAUUCUUGGAGCUGCGGGUGGGUGGAGGUGAGGGAGGACUGGAAGUAUGUCGCCAUGGUGAUUGACCGCCUGUUCCUCUGGGUCUUCGUCUUCGUCUGUGUCUUUGGCACCGUCGGCAUGUUCCUGCAGCCCCUCUUCCAGAACUACAGCCCUGCCGCCUUCCUCCGCCCUGACCAUUCGGCUCCCAGCUCCAAGUGAGACCUGGACACUGCCCCCUCGCCCCUCCUCCUGUCACACAGCCGCAUGGAGGACAGACGUGCAGGCUGCUGGGAGGGGCGCGCUGCCCCCAGGCCCGUCCUCCUGCUUCACCUGGGCCCACACCUCCACCCACACAGCCAGCUGCGGCCUGGAGGCCUGGACUGGCGCACAGCGCUGGCUGCCCCCCUUCCCACCAGCUGAGGUGGGGACAAGGUGAGCCUGCCCAUGAGGAGGACAGGAGGACUGCGGUCUCCACCUCACAGGAGGGAAGGUGGGCUGUGGGGGAGCGCAAGAGGGGCAGGAGCAUGAACUGUGCAGCAGCCUGGCUGACGUGGGCGAGCUGGAGAGGAACGAGGUCACCUGGCGUCCACUCUGCCUCAGUGGACCUCGGCUCACAGCACAGAGGCUCCCGCCUGGCCCUGCAGUCCGCUCCUGGAGGCUUCUGUGCCUCCGAGGGGUCCAGAGCAUGGCCCAGGUCCCCCGCUGCCUGAUGAGGAGUUCUCUGCAUACCGACUUCCCUCUUGUCCCUUUCUUCCACCCUCCCCCACCCCCCCCCAGCCCCGGCACGGGGAAUUGAACUCAAGACUUUGCACUUGGGAUGUGGGCGCGGUGCCACUGAGCUACAACCCGGCUGGAGUCCCUUUCUCACUCCGGCUUAGGGUGUGGUGGGCAAGGCCAGCCCUGUGAGCUCUGUCUUGGGUCUGAGGCCUGAAUGUCAGACUGAGGAAUGCAGGUUGCACUCUGUAGGAGCUGGCAGAAUGUGUUGCAUCCAUGGAUUCCAGCAGGAGCUGUGUUACAGACGAGAACACCUAGCUGAGUGGCCCUCAGCACAGGUACUCACGGGAUGGGGAAGACACAGGCGUGAGACUCCCCCACCUGAGCACCCUCCCCGCCUUGACCUGCCUGGCUGCUGAGGGCCGGGACUGAGGGCCUCUCUCUGUCCACUGUGGAGCCGGGCCAGGCAGUGGAGCCUCGCAGACUGGGAGACGGUGCCAGAGUUUGGGGCACUGUCCUGGGCCCUGUGGGCGGCUCCCAGGGGCCCACUGGAGGCUGCGUGGCUGGAGGCCCGGGUCAUGGACUGUUGGGCAGCCUGCCCCUUCCCCCGCACGGACCGGCUGUGAUUUGUGGUCCCAGCCUGUGCUUGUGCUGGGUCGGCGGAUGGUGGGCAGAGGGGUCAGUCGGCCAGGAGCAGUGGGAGAACUGGCCCAGUGCAGGCCGUCCUGUGCCCGAGCUCCGGGGCACCGCUGCUUCUCCCAGCAUGGGAGGGGAGGGCACAGCAUGGGAUGGCAUCUGGGUCCAGGGGCCUGGGCCUAGCUUUGCUGUCCUCUCUGAACCGCCAGCUUGCUUGGACCACUAAUAGGGGUGUCCUGUCCCUGGGGUCACUGUGGGGCUGGCGUGUGCUUGGGAAGGCCGUCACUGUGCUUCGUGAGUGCGUCUCAGAGCCUGGGAGCCGCCUCCCGCAGAGCAGGCCAGGACCAGGUACCUCCAGCGGUCUGCUGGGCUGGGCUACCCUCCCUGGCAGGACCUGGCCCUGGCCCUGGCCCUGUCUCCCGGGGAGAUCUGGACCUGUGUGUGGGUAGCAGCGGAGGCCGACAGUGGCGUAGGUACACAGAUGGGCCCAGUGAGGCGGCUGUCUCGGGACCUCUGGAGCAGAGUUGAGGUUGCCGGGACCAUGAAGAGGCCCCCACUGACACUAGGGCUCCAGCAGCUGCCCUUGGCGGCGGGCUUCUAACGCGGCCCACCGGAGGCUGUUGUCUGAGCUGGUCGCCAGAGGGCGCUAGGGCUCCACUCCUCUGCCAGGCGUUCCCUCUCUGUGGGGAUGAGAAGGGAGGGCGGCGCUGGGCCCUCAUCCUCCUCGUGGGUGCCGCGCGGGAGGGCUGUGUUCUCCCUUUGCCGUCUCCCCAAGGCGGGGGUGCCUCCGGAGAGACUGCUGGGCGGAGGAGGCAGAGGAGCUGGGUCGAAACCCGGCACUGGGGUCGGGAGGGCAGGGCGGACAGGCUCGGGGUCGUCCCUGGAAAUGGAGAUGGCGAGAACAGCUGCCCAGUGGCCAUCUGUGGCCCCUCUGGCUCCGCUUCUGCUGGCCGGCACCUCGGCGUGAGGCACACAAGCCUGGAGCGGCGGGGGCUGAGUCACUGACAGCCUGAGAGCAAGUUGGCCCCAAGCGGCCCCAGGCCCUCCACGCGUGCGAGGAAAGCUCGCUGGAGGCGGCGGGGCCCUGGGCGCUGGCCCCGGACUCCCCAAAGCCCGGGAUUGGCUGUGUGUCCUGAGGGUCUGCUCGGUGCCGUCUCACAGCCCUGUGGGGAAGGGCUCCAAGCCCAAGGUGCCCCGAAGUGCAGGCUCUCGCUCUCCAGAGGGAAGUGGGCACUCGGGGCCUCAGCACCAUCUGUCCAGGCAGAAGUGGGCUGGUGUCCGCCGCCCCUCACAGCCCAGGCCAGAUGGCGUGGCAGCACCCUUCGGUGGUUCCAGAGGCCGUCUGAGGCGUCCUCAGGGCCGCAGCUCUAGGAAUCAGUAGGAUUCUUCCCUCACACAGGCCCUCGGCCUAGCACCACGGUACCAGCUUACCCCAGCCAGACUUUUUAGGAACUUGAGAUUCUCCUAAGAAAACUGUUUUCAAAGAUGUCUUGUCACUUUGUUCUACUUGGGGGAUGUGGUGGCCGGCCAGGGGUUCCCACAGCCAGUGUUGGCAAAUGGGGUGAGGGUGCUGUAGAAACAGGACCCACGAGCGGUCAGGGGUUGUGUCCAAGUCUCAGGAAACAUGAGUGGCCAUGGUCUGCUGUGCGAUCCCUGUGGUUUGUUGCCUGCAAAACCACUUAUCAGAUGGAAAGGAAGUGGCCUGGGCUAGAGCUUGGAAACAGCCCCGGGGAGGCCCCAGUCUGCUCCAGAACUCUGGUUUCGCCUGGCCCCCAACCCGGACAGUGAUCUGAAGCGCGGGCCAAGGACACACUUGUGCGGAGUGCACGUGCAGUAUUUGCACGGCUCUGGGUCCCGAGCCCCCAGCACUGCAGAGGCCUGGUGAGCAGCCUGGACGAGCCCGUGCCCCUGCCGGGUGGGCCUGUUCCCUGCCACCACAGCCGGCGAGGACACUGUGCCUCCUACAGCACUGCUGGUGUGCACUCUACCCCUUGCCCCACCGUGCGCCCAGCCCACCUCCUGAAAGACUCGGCCAGGACACUCCUGCAGCCUUUAUUAGAAAUCGCUCAGGGGCUGGCGAGCUAGGUCAGUGGUGCUACGCCUGUCUUGCAAAUACAGGUCCUGAGUUAGAAAAAAAAAUCACUCAGUUCCAGCACUUUCUGCAGACUGCGAUGCCCCGGAGUUCUGGUGGUUAAGUGUGAGGCUCCUGGACAUGGCACUGGCUCCACUGUCAGAAUGGACACGUCCAUGGUGCCUGAGCCUCACUGCCGGCUACUUUGUGUCCACUGGUACGAUGGCAGUGUUAGAAGGUUAGGGAUGCAUCUUUCAGAAUUCUGGAGUAAGUCUCAUUGUGGAAAGAGGGAGUCACAGCUUUACCCGAGGCGCAAGGGAGCCAGAGCGCAUCUCUAAUUCCAGCUGCGCUGCAGCUCACUCUACACAGGCCUCUGGGUCCUUCCUGUUCUGGCCUUGAAGCCCCGCCCCAAGGGUCCUAUGGCUCUUAGGUGCCCUCUCUCCAGGUCCGUGUCAGACGCAGCUGGUGAUGUCAGCCCGGGAGACAAGACUUCACACUUCCUAAUUCAGAUUUUCUGUUUUUAUUUGAGGAAUGUAUAUUUUUAGAAUUAAGGGGCACAAAAAGCAGAAUCCUAAAACUGGACUGCAGCCAUUGUGGCACCAAGGCUAUGCCUAGGCUCUCUCCCACUCUGCUCAUGGGGUCAUGGUCAAGACCCCAAGGCCAACAACGUCCCUUCAACUUGAGUAAAGGAAAUAGCUUCAAGCAUGGACGAGUGGUUAUUCACAAUGCACAACAGCCACAGUUCAGACACAUCAACUACAAAAGUCAUUAAAAAGGGGGAGGAGCCUCCUCAGCACUAAAGACUGGACAGAAGGUGGACACGGUGAAGCUCCACCCCUGUCCGCCGUGGGCCCGCUGUGCUCAGUUCCAGCAGGUGUGGCUGCAGGAGCCUUGCUCCUCCCACAGUGGAACCAGACUACUGCAGGUGCUAGCUAAGCUCUCAGGCUGUUCUCCGAGCCCCUGUGCUCCUCGGGUGAGCGACACAGCUGUGUCAGCCCUGCCCGACCGAUGCCCAAGGGGCCAGACGGCCAAACAUCCCAAGGAAUUACAGUGCAGCCCUCAGCCUGCAGAACCUGGGCAGGGAGGCUUCCUGUCAGGCUGGGCCCACAGCACUGCUCCUCCCCAGGCAGCUACCAGGACAUUUACUACGCCGGCAGCUCAGGUCCAAGCUGGUGAUAUGCAGAGUUGGGGAGCAGCCACUGCCGUCCCUAGGACAGGCGCCAAGUGCUUUCAUGUCUGCAGACAGCCUGUGUAUGCUAAACACAUGUUUUGGUCAAUUUUUGGUCACAGGUACAGAAAGUAUAAGGAGCCACUGUAAAAGUGCAAACAGGGAUGUAGCUACUGUUGGAAGAGGUGGGCCAGACAGCAGUUCGCAGGGUAGGGAGGCACCAAAACUCGAGUGGGGGUCUGGGUGCAGCCCAGGGUCGUCCAGAGCACAGUGGCAGUAUGGUCUCGGAGGAGGCAGGGGCUGCACGGUCCUCCUAAGACUCUGGAGCCCCACAGGCUGAACCUCCCCAGGGUUCCAGGCAUCGCAGACCACGGUGGAGGUGCACACAGAGGUGACCCCACAGAGUCCGAGGAGGCCUGCCCUUCACCUACAGCUGUGGUCUCCCAUCCAUCAGGCCGCCCUGCCCACCAGCUUCCAAAGCUACAGCUAAAUGAAAACACGGAUGAAUGGGGAAAAAUACAUCUGAAUUUUAAAUCUGUGCAACUAGAGCAAUGCAUCAACAUCUCUGGCAUUCUUUUAAAAACUAAAUUUACACAUGGCUUAGUCAACUUCCCUUGUAUCACUGCCAUGAGAAGUAUACCGGGUGGAACAGUGAUCUAACCCAACGUGAUUUCUGCCUUUAUUCUUGCCAUGUCCUGACCAUCUGAGUGGAGAUGAUUGGCCCUCGGGGAUCUGGCCUGGAUUCUCUCCUCUGGCUGGCUGCGAUUACCGCUUCCCUGCACAGGCAGGGCCUACUUCCAGGAAUGCGCUGGACUGUGGGGCAGACGGAGCCCGGUGACGCUCCGCGGAAUAUGUGCCGUCCUGAGGGGAACCUCAGUGACGGCUUGAGCAACUUGCCUUGCCCACUCUGGCUGGCUC